AUGUAUUUGUUCUUAAAAUUCUUUUAUCUGUUUGUUUGUCCAACAGACACGAGUUACUCGUAUCACCCGGCAAUACACGAUGACACAUUCGUUCGUCGGAAGCAGAGGCGCAACCGAACAACAUUUACACUUCAGCAGUUGGAGGAGCUGGAAACGGCGUUCGCGCAAACGCAUUACCCUGAUGUGUUCACGAGAGAAGACCUCGCGCUCAAGAUCAACCUCACGGAGGCGAGAGUGCAGGUGUGGUUCCAAAAUCGUCGUGCGAAGUGGCGAAAAGCGGAGCGGCUAAAAGAGGAACAACGGAAGAGGGAGGGCACUGAAGUGAUGACUAAGAGGGACCCGGCAGACGAUAAGGGUUCAUCAGAAUGCGGUUUGUCCCGAGGGUCGGCGGAAGCUUCACCAGUUUCAGGAACAGCUGCGUCUCCCCGAGCAUCACCUCCUGUAACACCAGGCUCACCACGACGGUCACCCCUGCGAUCUCCUAAUCGGUCGCCUAACAGAUCACCUAGGCACGAGAGGUCUGAAGCUAGUUGUCCAUCGCCCGCGCCAUCUGUAGGAAGCGCGAGUUCCAGAGAUGCGGCCAUGGAUCAGCGGCCUGUGCAUCAUAUGUUCUCACCAUUUGACCAGUAA